AUGGAUGUCCGUAUAAUAAUACUAAUUUAUGGAAAUCUAAUAUGUCAUGGAAGUUCGAAAACCUCUAAUAUGCCAGAAGAAGUGUUUGACGAGAGCAAGAUGUGGUACAAUCAUAGAAGCUUCAUGUGUACAAAGAGUUGUUGGCAUACGUACGAGAUGUAUCAUUCAAAAGAAGUAAUACAAAAAGAAAACUGUACGCGAAUGGGAGUCGCUCCUUCUAAACUAGCACAUCCUCAUUGUGCCAUUCGAAGAUUGAAUACAACACGCUUUACAAAUGUAAAUAUGAAGCGAUCUUCGGCUGUACAAGAUACACGAAUUGUAUGUCGACCAUACAACGACCGUAUGGGCUGGUAUAGAGGGAAACAAGCUGUUACAGUAAGGAAGCAGCCAUGUCUUCGAUGGGAUUCCAUAAAGUCGCUUAAUUACUCUUCGGACGACUUCAAUCGCUUUCAAAGUCCCUCCCACUUAUAUACACUUCGAAAUAGCAUUGUGUCUGUAAGCGAUCAUUUUAACUACUGCCGCAAUCCCGAUAAUCAUGAACUCGGUCCUUGGUGCUAUGUUCGAAGUUUGAAGAAAGAGAUAAUACGGAAUUCAUGUUUUUCUCCAUGCUCCUCUUUCUCAAAUCAAUUAUGUUUACGGAAAAACCACUAUCCAUAUCGUCUGCUACAUCGUGCUGUCAAAUACGAAAAAUAUUUCCCGUUGAAAUUAGUUGAUAGAAUAUCAAUUGAAAAACAUAAUAAAGUAAUAGACUUGAUGGAUAUUUUGGAUGUUGCUCAUAUCAUGAAUCAGAUUCCGCAUGCGACUUCAGCAAUUAAAAUUGGUCCAUUGGGAAUACCUCAUGCUAGAGGAUAUACUCGUGGACAUAUAUUGUCUACUCGCAAGAGAUGUUAUCAAACAGGAGCUCAAACACAAAUUUUGGGUCCAUGGACUACAGUGAAAGGAAACUUAUCAACAACCGUUCUCAAGUAUAUCAAGGAUGGUCGAGGUUACAACCAAUAUUCCAAAUUUGCACUUGUUAAUAUGCACCCGGAAGUCGGUCAUCAGUUAUGGGAACCAUGUUUUCCCUCGUGUGAAGAUGAGACGAUACAGUGUUGGCCAGAUCUCCCUCCAGACUUCACCAGAAACACGAAGAAAAUUCAGAGAAUGCAGUAUUACGGAAAAAGGACAACAACAAUCACUGGAGGAUCUUGUAUGCCUUGGCCAGAAGUCUUAGAAACAAUGAUAAAGGCUCGAGACGCAUCCACCAAGUUUUUAUUCAAAUUUCUUUUCACAAAAUUCUAUUACUCUGGCAACGGAACGUUCAACCACUUCAUGGAUGGCCAGGGCUACUUACUGAAUAGAAACUACUGUUUGGAUAUGCAAAGGCUUCUGAAGCCCAAUUUGCAGAAACUUAAAAAGAGCUUCUUUAACCGUGUAGCUUUCGCAAUACUUGAUUCAGGACCAGGAUGCUUUUUCACUUAUGACAAGAUUUUAAAAUACCAGUCGUGUUUCCGUCCCUGUAGUUGUUCUGUAAAGCUCGAUGAACUGCCCACUGACGUUCUACAAAUACUAUGUGGAAACGAAACAGCCCAGCUUUGCGUUGAAAAAAGAGAAGAAGAAUAUAAUCUGCUGAUUCCUCCAACAGAGGAAUAUCCCGAGAAGAUCGACCUCAGCGUAGGCAGGGCCCCACUCAUUGUUCUAUUGACAAUUAUCAUAUUCCCUAGCUUCGGGCUCAUAGCUUCAAUCUGUUUUUGUUGCGUCUUGAGAAGACAAUUCAAUAUGAAAAAAUAA